CACCCCAGGACGAGCUUUUAUUUUUAUUUCUCUCUGCCGCUCAAACACACACACACGCACAGAUUACUUUUUAACAGCAGGUGGCAGUAGACGCAGCAGUCAGCCAAUCAUAAGCAAACUCAGAGAGAAGAAGAACAAAGCAAAGCAAAUCUUCUAGCGGUGCCUGCUGUAGUCAGCCUGAGCUUUGAAUGAACUGGAUCAUAUAGCCUAUAUAUACUGAUGUAGCACCUGACCCAUUUGUCUUGUGUACUGAACAGUGGAUGCUGAUGUUGGUGUAACGUUUCCAAGCUCAUCCACCAGCAUGUCUGUUUCGGUCAUUAUCAAGUGGGGUGGGCAGGAGUACUCCAUUAGCACACUGUCUGAGGAGGACACGGUGUUGGAUCUGAAACAGUCCAUUAAAUCCCUCACAGGAGUUCUUCCAGAACGACAGAAGCUCCUGGGGUUGAAAGUGAAAGGUAAACCAGCAGAUGAUGAAGUCAAACUGGGGGACUUGAAAUUGAAGCCCAAUACCAAAAUUAUGAUGAUGGGCACAAGAGAGGAAAGUUUGGAAGAUGUGUUGGCGCCUCCACCAGAAAAUGAUGAUGUGGUCAAUGACUUUGACAUUGAAGAGGAAGUGACUGAGGUUGAAAACAGAGAGGAGAAUUUGGCCAAGAUAGCCCGUCGAGUGAAAGAUUAUAAAGUUGACGAGUUAAAUCCCCCAAGACCAGGAAAGAGAUUGCUUGUUCUAGAUAUUGACUAUACACUCUUCGAUCAUAAGUCCUGUGCAGAGACGGGUCAGGAGCUGAUGAGACCGUACUUACACGAGUUUCUUACAUCAGCAUAUGAGGACUAUGAUAUUGUCAUCUGGUCUGCAACAAGUAUGAAGUGGAUUGAUGCUAAAAUGAAAGAACUGGGAGUGACGGACAACCCAAACUACAAGAUCACCUUCAUGUUGGACAGUGCAGCGAUGAUCACUGUACACACACCGAAAAGAGGAGUCGUAGAGGUGAAGCCUUUGGGAGUCAUAUGGGGUAAAUAUAGCGAGUUCUACGACAGGAAGAACACCGUUAUGUUUGAUGACAUCGGAAGAAACUUCCUCAUGAAUCCACAGAAUGGACUGAAGAUCAGACCGUUCAUGAAGGCACACUUAAACCGUGAGAAAGACAAAGAGCUCUACAAGCUGUCUCUGUAUCUGAAGGAAAUCGCUAAACUGGAGGACUUCUCGGGUCUCAACCACAAGCACUGGGAAAGGUUCCUCUCCAAGAGGCAGAAUCAAUGACAUGUCCAGCACUGAGUCUAGAAGGUACCUGACCAAACAACUGCUGCUCCACGUCAUCCGCUUCUCUGUGUCUCGCGUCCUUCAUCUCGUUACAAAUAUUCUAGCAUUUGGACUCCUGAAAACACUAUUUACCUCAACAGGUCAAUGAAAAGCAUUUCAACAAUUAAUAGCAUCGAGCAUGACGGUACUUUGACCUCAUCCCCCGCCUGACACACUUCCUGUAAUUAGCUUUUUUUUUGGGUGGAUGCAAAUGUAAUAGUUUUUUGCUAAAUCUUACGUCACAGGAAGGCCGUGUGUUAACAGAAGCGGUAAUUCUGGCCUGGCUGCUUCAUUCUUUGUCUGUUAGAGAUAAACGUACAUUUGCAGCUUCGUCGGCAGAUAAAAACACUUCUCCAAAUGAACAAUGAGGAUAUUUGACAUGUUUACAUGCAUGUUUUUUUUUUUUUUUCUAAAUGCAGAUGAUGUAUGUUUUAUGUUCAUAAAGCGGUCACAUGAUAAUGGGGAGAAAAAGAGAUCAUAUCAAGAUUUUUUUAUUUUUUUUUGUCAUAACAUUGAAGCUUGUUGGUGUUUCCCCCACUUCUGUUUUAAACACAAAGUAUGUGUUGUCAUCGAUUUCGAUAGAUAUUAACUUAUGUAAACAGUAUUGCGUUUUGUGUAACUGCAUUUCAUCCGGUGCUCAGAUGUGGGUAUUGGAUUUAUGGUUGUAACCUUAAUGUAAAUUAAACUUUAAUGGUUUUACAGUA